CUCCCACAACCGAAAACAAAUUCAUUCGCCUUUCCCAAUCUGAAAUCAAUGCACAUUUGAACUGUAUUCUCUCUCUAACUUCUUCUCUUUGAUCCAGAGAGAGAAAGUGGAGAGGGUCAGGGAGAUGGAGGAUAUGGCGGUGCUUGACGAUCAAUCCAAAACUUGCGUCGUCCUCGGAGGCAGAACCUUCGUUGGGAGAUGUCUUGUUAUGAGGUUGUUGAUGCUAGGUAAUUGGAUCGUUCGGGUUGCCGAUUCCGCUCAGUCCCUCCGACUUGAUCCUUCCGACUACAAAUACGAUUCGCCGCUUAACCCUGCUCUAUCUACUGGCCGUGCUUCCUAUUUCCAUGUCGAUGUGCGCAACAAACAAUCGAUCACUAAAGCUAUUGAAGGUUCGUCAGUUGUGUUCUAUGUGGAUGAUGCUGAUUCCUGCAAUAAUGAUUUUUUUCUUGGCUACACAAUAAUUGUUCAAGGUGUGAAAAAUGUGAUCGGUGCUUGUCGAGAAUGCAAAAUUAAACGGUUAAUUUACACCAGCACUGCAGAUGUAGUGUUUGACGGUUCACAUGAUAUACAUAAUGGAAAUGAGACACUACUAUAUGCUACAAAAUUUAAGAAUGUAUACAGUGAACUUAAGGCUCAAGCAGAGGCACUUGUUUUGCUUGCAAAUGAUAUUGAUGGCCUUCUCACAUGUGCUCUUCGCCCUAGCAACAUUUUUGGACCUGGAGACAAGCAGCUUCUGCCAUCUCUGGUUGAUGUUGCAAAAUCUAGCUGGGCUAAGUUUAUUAUAGGAAGUGAUGGAAGCAUGUCUGACUACACCUAUGUGGAAAAUGUCGCUCAUGCCCUUAUCUGUGCAGAAGCUGCUUUGGGCACUCGUAUGGUUAUCGUGUCUGGAAAGGUAUUCUUCAUCACUAAUCUUGAGCCGGUGGGAUCCUGGGAAUUUUCCUUGCGCAUAUUGGAAGGGUUAGGUUAUUACAGGCCAAUGGUCAAACUUCCUGCUAUGAUUGUCAGAUUGAUUGUUUAUCUCAUUAAAUGGAUGCAUUCACAGACCUACUCCAGAAACAUCAGUAAUUCUGCUUCAGUUCACAAUAUUGUCCAAUUGAUGUCACACACUACAACCUAUGAUUGCUCUGCAGCCCAGCAACAUAUUGAAUACUUGCCCGUUGUCUCACUGGAUCAAGGUGUCAGAUCAACCAUAGAAUCAUUCUCUCAUCUAGCAAAGGAAAAAUUUUCCAUAAGUCUUGAUGAACUUUAUGAACAAUCGAAAAUGGAGCAGCUGCUAGGCGGUGGGGAAGUUGCAGAGAUCUUAUUGUGGAGAGAUGAAAGGAAAUCAUUUCUUUGCUUUUGUGGAGUGGCUUCUUUGUUCUACUGGUUUUGUCUCUGUGAAAAAACAAUCAUCUCCUCUGCAGCACAUCUUCUGCUGCUGAUCGUAAUUUGUCUGUAUGGAUAUGCUACGCUGUGCUCAACUGAAGUGUCUAGCUAUUCACAAUUUGAGAUCUCUGAAACGGGUAUGAGGAGUUCCGUGAGAACCAUAGCAAACAUCUGGAAUCGAGUAGUAGCUCAUGUUGCUAGAUCGUUGGCACGAGGACGAGAAUGGAGUUUGUUUUUCAAGGUAGUGGUUUCACUCUAUCUUUUCAAGUUGCUUCUCGUCAACUCUUUCCCAGCGUCAUUGGGAAUAGCACUCGCUUUUUCGUUCAUUUUGUUCUUUGUUUACGAGCAAUACGAAGAGGAAAUUGAAGGAUUAGCAGGGAUUUUAAUGGAGGUGGUGAGACAAACCGUGGCAACUCGUUUACCCCUGCCCGAGUCGCCCCCACUAUAUAUAUAACACCACCACUAGAAGACCUUCGCUUCGAUGUAGGUAGGGGUAUCUGCUAAACCUAACCUCUAAAAACUGUUGAAAACAAGAAAUCUGAGAUGUUAUUAGAUAGUUAACUCUCCACAAUAGUUCUAGCAAUAAACAUACGUCUCUUUUGCUUGUACACAUUCCCAUUUUAUUUUCUGUGUAAGUGAGAAUCGUGUUAAAUAGGGAUCUCAAGAAGAUGCAAAUUGAGUAAAAAUCAUGCCCCCCAUGCCCCCCAUAUCUGAGGCUACAACUUUGGUAACCCCUGUAGCUCUUAAUUUUGUAUUUCUAAUAUCUUUGAUAUUUUUACAAUCCAGAUAUUCAACCCAAGGAUUUAUAAUUGA